ACACAAAAUAGAAAAUAGGGUAGGGCUGAUCCAACUGUAAUGGUUGACAGCUCUACUUAUUAGUGGGAUUCUGUUCGAGAUUUAAUCUCACACAAAACUUGUCCUUGUUGCUUCAUACAAUAACUCUAGCAUUUCGAACUUGCAGAGUUACGAUAUGGCUGACUUUGUCCUUGAAAUUGUGCUUGAGAAUUUGAUCUCACUUGUUCGAAAGGAGUUGGUACUAUUUCUGGGUUUUGACCAAGACUUGGAAAGGCUUUCAAGCUUGUUCGCUACAAUCAAGGCUACACUUCAAGAUGCUGAGGAGAAACAAUUCUCAAACGCAGCCAUAAAAGAUUGGCUGGGAAAACUAAAAUAUGCAGCUCACGUUCUGGAUGACUUCAUUGACGAGUGUGCCUAUGAAGGAUUGGGGUUGGAGAACCAAGGGGUCAUGUGUGGUCCUUCAGACAAGGUACAAUGCUCUUGCUUAUCCUCUUUGCAUCCCAAGCGUGUUGUUUUCCGUUACAAAAUUGUUAAGAAAAUGAAAAGGAUAAGUCAGAGAUUAAUACAAAUCGCUGAAGAAAGGACUAAGUUUCAUUUGACUGAGAUGGUUCGUGAGAGAAGAAGUGGAGUCCUUGAGUGGCGCCAAACUGUCUCUCUACUUACUGAACCAAAAGUCUAUGGAAGAGAAGAAGAGAAAGAUAAAAUUUUAGACUUUUUGAUUGGUGAUGCUUCUCAUUUUGAGGAUUUAUCUGUCUAUCCAAUAACUGGUCUAGGUGGACUUGGAAAAACAACACUUGCCCAAUUCAUCUUCAAUCAUGAGAAGGUAGUCAACCACUUUGAGUUAAGAAUUUGGGUAUGUGUUUCAGAAGAUUUUAGUUUGAAGAGAAUGACGAAAGUUAUCAUUGAAGCAGCAUCUGGGCGUGCUUGUGAAGAUUUGGAUCUAGAGCCACAACAAAGAAGACUUCAAGAUUUACUUCAAAGAAAAAGAUAUUUGCUUGUUUUGGAUGACGUGUGGGAUGAUAAACAACAGAAUUGGCAGAGGUUGAAACCUGUACUUGCUUGUGGGGCCAAAGGUGCUUCUAUUUUAGUUACUACUCGCCUUUUGCAGGUUGCAAAAAUCAUGGGAACAUUGCCUCCUCAUGAAUUAUCAGUCCUGUCCGACAAUGAUUGUUGGGAAUUGUUUAAACACCAAGCCUUUGGACCGAAUGAGGGAGAACAGAUAGAGCUUGAGAAGAUAGGGAAGGAGAUAGUAAAGAAGUGUCAAGGAAUGCCUCUUGCUGCAAAAGCACUAGGAGGUCUUUUACGCUUCAAGAGAAACAAAAAUGAGUGGCUCAAUGCUAAGGAAAGCAACCUUUUGGAGUUAUCACACAAUGAAAACCCCAUAAGUCAUGUCCUGAGAUUGAGUUACUUGAACUUACCAAUUGAGCACAAGCAAUGUUUUGCUUAUUGCGCAAUAUUUCCCAAAGAUGAAAGCAUAGGGAAACAAUACAUAAUUGAACUUUGGAUGGCUAAUGGAUUCAUUUCAUCUAAUGAAAGAUUAGAUGCCCUAGAUGUCGGGGAUGAUUUGUGGAAUGAAUUAUAUUGGAGAUCAUUUUUUCAAGAUAUUGAGACAAAUGAAUUUGGCAACAUUACAAGUUUCAAGAUGCAUGAUCUUGUUCAUGAUCUUGCACUAUCUGUUGCAGAAGAUGUUUGUUGCACUACAAAAGACAGUCGUGUAACUACUUUUCCUGGAAGAAUUCUCCAUCUCUCAGAUCAUAGGUCCAUGCAGAAUGUACAUGAGGAACCCAUUGAUUCAGUGCAGUUGCAUCUAUUCAAAACUUUGAGGACCUAUAUAUUGCCAGAUCACUAUGGUGACCAACUUUCUCCGCAUCCUAAUGUGUUGAAAUGUCAUUCCUUGCGGGUGCUUGAUUUUGUAAAGCGAGAAAAAUUGUCAUCAUCAAUUGGUCUUUUAAAGCAUCUAAGGUACUUGAAUCUUUCUGGGGGUGGCUUCGAAACUCUGCCAGAAUCAGUAUGUAAACUAUGGAAUUUGCAGAUAUUGAAAUUAGAUCGUUGCAGUCGUCUCAAAAUGUUGCCUAACAGUUUGGUAUGCUUAAAAGCUCUACAACAACUAUCUUUUAAUGGUUGCCCAGAACUAUCAAGAUUACCUCCUCGAAUAGGGAAGUUAACUUCCCUAAGGAUUUUACCGAAGUUCUUUGUUGGCAAAGAAAGAGGGUUCCGUUUGGAAGAAUUGGGACCGCUAAAGCUUAAAGGAGAUCUUGACAUCAAGCAUCUUGAAAAUGUAAAAAGUGUAAUGGAUGUCAAAGAAGCCAAUAUGUCAAGUAAGCAGUUGAAUAAGUUGUUUCUGUCAUGGGAAAAAAAUGAAAACUGUGAAUUAGAGGACAAUGUUGAAGAGACUCUUGAAGUGCUUCAACCUGAUACCCAACAACUUUGGAGACUAGAAGUGGACGGAUAUGAAGGUGCCCAUUUCCCGCAGUGGAUAUCUAGUCUUUCUCUCAAAUAUUUAAACUUGAAAGAUUGCAAAAACUGUUUACAGCUUCCACCGUUGUAUAAACUUCCUUCUCUUAACACUCUAAGAAUACUUAACAUGAUUCAUGUUGAGUACCUCUACGAGGAGUCCUAUGAUGGGGAAGUGGUUUUCAGGGCUCUAGAAGAGCUGACAUUGCGUCGACUUCCAAACCUAAAAAGGUUAUCAAGGGAGGAUAGGGAAAACAUGUUCCCAUGCUUUUCCAGACUUGAAAUUGAUGAAUGUCCUAAAUUUUUUGGAGAGGAAGUUUUGCUACAAGGGUUGCGCUCUCUCUCAGUAUUCAAUUGUGGCAAAUUCAAUGUGUCCUCAGGUUUUAAAUGCCUUCAUAAAUUAUGGCUUUCCAAUUGUGCAGCAGUGGAAGAUUUGCAGGCUUUACAAGAUAUGACUUCCCUGCAGGAGUUAAGAUUAACGGGUCUUCCAAAGCUAGAAUCCUUGCCAGACUGCUUUGGAGACAUUCCCUUGCUUCACACAUUUAGUAUUUUUUACUGUUCCAAGUUGACGUAUCUUCCAAUGAGCCUAAGACUUACCACCAGUCUGCAACAAUUGACUAUUUUUGGUUGUCAUCCUGAGUUAGAGAAGAGAUGUGAUAAAGAAACGGGAGAGGACUGGCCAAACAUAGUUCACAUUUCCCAUAUUUCAUUGGGAAUUAAACAUUAUGAUCAUAAUUCCGAUUGAGAGAACAUACUAGUUAUUCACGCAGGCUGUGUUUGAAGAUUUCUGCGUGUUUUUCAUUCAGUUAUACUAGUUAUUCACCUCAGCGGCUAACUUUCUCAGAGAUAUUGCAGAAAUUAAAAUCCAGCAACAGGUUUCACAAUUGGGAGUGGUCUGCAGAUCCAGAGGGACACUAUUCAACUCGCAGUGCCUAUGAUUUGAUAGGAGAAGAAGCAAGAGAUAGCAGUCAGGAGGAAUGUUUUGAGAAGCUUUGGAGGAUAAAGGUUCCAGCUAGAUUUCUGGUGUUUGCGUGGAGAUUAUUAAGAGAUAGGCUGCCGACAAGAAAAAACUUGUAGAGAAGACAGAUUCAACUCACAGAUUCACUUUGUCCUCUCUGCAGAACCCAACAAGAGGAUGCAUCCCAUCUUUUCUUUCACUGCAGCAAACUUCAACCCAUAUGGUGGGAAACCAUGUCAUGGCUGCAAGUUAAGGGUGCUUUUCCAUUAAGCCCAAAGCAGCACUUCCUUCAUCACUUGGGUGUUCAACCUACUGGUGUAAGAAAUAAUAGAUGGCAUUGUUGGUGGCUAGCUUUAACCUGGUCCAUCUGGAAACUUAGAAAUAGUAUAGUCUUCUCUAAUGCGAAUUUUGAUGCUAAUAAGCUGUUUGAAGAAGCCAUAUUCCUUCUAUGGUCUUGGCUUAGGGGUUUUGAGAAGGAUUUCACAGUGCAUUUCAAUCACUGGUCAAGUAAUCUACCACAAAGUUUUAUGUAUCAGCAGGGGAUUGCAUAGCUAUGACAUUUAUACAUGUAAAUUCAUAUGCAUUUUGUAUCCAUAGCUUGGUUCCCCCUCAGAAUAUCAAUGUCUGACUGUGGAACCAUUUAUAUGGAUCUCCUUUGUAUUAUAAGUACCUCUGGUACUUCUUUCAAUAUAUAUUACUUAUCUUUGCCGAUCAAAAAAAAAAAAAUUCCGUUGAGUUCAAAGUAAAUUUAGUUAAGUUUUGACAAACAUGUUGCUGUAGUCUUUCAGAUAUUUUGAAUCUCUCUUUUGUUUAUUUGACAUCUUAAGGUCUUUUUAUCAAUGUAAUAAAAAGUGAAU